UGUUAGUGAUAAAGAUAACGCCGCUCCUUGUGAACGUUUUUUUUACUUAUAACUGUGUUAUCAAAUAAAUCAUUCGUUGUUACAAAUUAAUCCACGAUCGUGUAAAAAUUGUAGGGUUAAUAAUUACAUAAAGUUGCGCCCGUUAAGGAUACGUUAAAUGUGAAAUAGCUCCGGAUCACUCUAUCGUAAUUAAAUGCGCCAAUACAAAGUGGGUGGAGAGGUAAUUACCCCCUCAUCAGUGAAAAUAUUCAACUUUGAUAGUGCUCCUUCACGAAGAAUAUCAACGGUAUAUCUAAACUUGAAAAUUAAACGAGAACUCCAUUCUUUGACAUUGUUCACAGCAUAAAGUAAAGACUAUUAAUAAUCUCCCUGAUAAGUGAUGUAAUAAGAAACACAGUUAUAACAUAAUUCUCAUGAAACUGACGAUAGCGAUUCCGUUAUAAUCUGCAAAGAUAAUUCUGAAAAGAUAUUUAUCGAGAGAGGAGAGCAAAUUUUAGAUGAAGAAAAAUUGCAAUCAUUGCACAAAUGUGCACAGGCGGCACGAGUUGUAAUUACAUCUUCAGCUUAUUUUAAGCUGCAAGAUUUUUAAUAUUGCUCAGAAGAGUGCUGCAAUAAUUAAUUAGUGCCGGAAAAUCUGAAAAAAUAGAUCGCCGAAUUUAGCCACGAAACAAGAAACUAUGCUUCGAACGUGUGAAAAAUGUUGUUGACUCCAUCGUAACACAGUUUCGAACCUAAAUGUUGGAGACGUAGCAAACAGGGAGCAAAACAUUCACCGGGUACGGUUGUGUGAUAACAGUUCGAUGAAGUGACAUCUCACAGCGAUGUAACAUUUGUUGUACCGAAGUACUUCCGCCGGCACGGGCGCAUGAGUCGACAAGGGAGGGAACGAAGGAUCGAAGUGCACGAGUGACAAGAAAAUGUCGAUUCAGGGACGCAACCUGUCCGAUAGCCCCGUUUCCACAGAAUAUUUCGAUGCUUUGGAGGCCGAUGAUGACUCGUCGAUCGUUACCGGCCAUCCCCGGUUCUCCACCGUCACUUCCGGAAUUGCCAACAUCACCUCGCCAGUCAUCGCGCAAUCAUCAGGUCAAGACAGCCUCCUGGAGAAUCUUAUUAUACCGCUAUACGGCACAAUCUUCUUCCUCUCCAUCGUCGGGAAUUCUUUAGUGCUCAUCACCCUGGCGAGGAACAAACGGAUGCGCACUGUGACAAAUGUUUAUCUGUUGAACCUGGCGGUGUCGGAUCUUCUGCUCGGUGUGUUCUGCAUGCCCUUCACUCUUCUGGGUCAAAUUCUCAAGAAUUUCGUUUUCGGUCUCACGAUGUGCAAGCUGAUACCGUACUUUCAAGCCGUGUCAGUGUCGGUGGGUGUCUGGACACUGGUUGCCAUUUCGCUCGAACGCUACUUUGCCAUUUGCCGGCCAUUAAAAUCUAGACGAUGGCAGACACAGUUCCACGCUUACAAGAUGAUUGCUGUUGUGUGGACUCUCAGUCUCACGUGGAACGUGCCGAUUCUCGUCGUCUCCCAAUUAAAAAACUUGAGCGGAGGAAGGCGUAAGUGUCGCGAGGAAUGGCCGAACGUCGGCACCGAAAGGGCGUACAAUCUCUUCCUGGACGGUACGCUGCUCCUGAUACCGUUGCUGCUCAUGAGCCUGGCUUACUCGCUGAUAGCGAUAAAACUUUGGCGCGGCCUGAAACUCGAGAUACGACAGUCAUCGACGUGUACCAGGAGACUCGGGAGAACGCAAUCUAGCGCAACGAUCCGAGGCUCAAAUUACAACAACAACAACGAUCGAGAUGCAAGAGCGACAAUGGUAUUUGAUACUUGUGGCCCGACUUCGAGAUCGCGACGGAGCUUCUCGUCUUCCUCAAGGCAUUUCCAAGGCGCUUCUCAAGGUGUACCAUCUAGGGUGCGGUUACCACGGACGGUGGUCUCCAGGGUGCUUACCGGCAAGUGUCACAGCACAGAUUUGUCCCAGGCAUCCCGGAUUCAGAUACGAGCGAACGGAAGUGGCUGCUUAACGCGAGACACGAAGGAUAUCGCUAACGAGGAUCAGCAGGACUCACCCUGUCCGCUCACCAGACAACACGUGAUACGCAGCAAUUACAUGGGGAAGAGCAUCGAGGCGAAGAAGAAGGUGAUCAGGAUGCUCUUCGUGAUAGUCCUCGAGUUUUUCGUGUGCUGGGCGCCGCUGCACGUGAUCAAUACGUGGUACCUUUUCGCGCCCGAUCUGGUGUACUCGGUCGUCGGUAGCACCGGCAUCAGCCUGGUGCAACUGCUGGCCUACGUCUCGAGCUGCUGCAACCCCAUCACGUACUGUUUCAUGAACAGAAAAUUUCGCCAGGCGUUCCUCGGCCUCUUCGACUGCCACCGCUGUUGGAGGGUAGGUUGCAGACACAGCGACAUCGCGAUGGCGACCACCGGAAACGCCGGGCAAGUUGGCAAUAACAGCGAAUUAAGCGGAAACGACUCGACGGUUUACCUGGGCAAGGCAUCCCUCGCCGCCAGAUCAGAGGUAGUGCGGUUGCUGGAGGAGGAAGAUCGCGUCUAGUAUAAGUCGUGCGGAUUAUGCGACGUGGCGGCGCGACCGAACGUAUCCCAACCCUCCCGUGAGGAGGAGAAGAAGGAGGACUUUUUGCUGAAAAUAUCCUGGCGGCCGCCCGUCGAUAGGAUCGCUAGUCGUGCAAGUGGUAAGGAACCCGCUCAUGCCGGCCCGUCUCAUUGCUCAUCGAGAUCUUCCUGCGUGGACAAUCUCAACUUCCUUUACGAUUGACUGAAGUGAAACGUUGACGUGAUUCCCAAUAUUCUGUGACCUAUGUAUCCUUGGCCUAACAGAAACUUCUGAUCUCAUUUUUUUAUAGUUUCAGUUAGUUCGUAAAAGUCAAAACGUGUCUAUAUGAAGAUAACGAGAACGGAAACGCGUUGCGCCUUUCUGGAUUCGCAUCGAGAGUUAUUUUUAUAUUCUGCCUCGACUCGUUCGUUCUGCGCGGCAAACAGUUUAAAGGAAUUGGCAUUUUUGUACGCGUUAAUCGAAUAAUGGGCGAAGAAAUGCGUCUUACACGACGUGUAAUUCUGUACCUGUAAAAAGAAAUUAUUUGUCAAACGUAUUAACGAACUUGUGAAAUUGUUAAAAUUAAAACUUGUCAGUAGAUCGUUAAGUAUAUUAAUAUCUUUAACAACGAUAAUCUAUUCCGAAGUGAUAGACGCGAAUAUAUUAGAAAAUGUAUUUUUGCAUCGCGACUUUUUCUUAUCUUAUCUUUUAAGUAUGAUGAUGGUAUGAUAAUGCUAUAAAUAUAUUCGCGUAAAAAAAAUAUCCCUUGCGGAAGAUUAAUAAUUAAGCCAAUUUUACGAGAUAACGUCUUCUGCGUUCCAAUUAAAAAAAUGACAAAACGCUUUGGGCAAUUUCGCAGGCGAGCUCUUAAAUCCGGAGCUAUAAAAUCUAUUUAUCCAGUAAACACAGUUUUAUGCGAAAAACAAACACAGUUAUGCUAUUUCUGCUUAACGCCCUGCUCAUUUAUGUUACCUACGCUAAUUUCGAGAGAUGGUUUUAUAUUUCAUGUUCGCGCGUAACCAGAUUACUAGAUAUUUUACAUUUAUUGCAAUUCCAGCGUAGACCGCGUUUAAUUCAAUUUCCAUGAUUUCCUGUGAGAACGGCGAAAUUUCGCAUUCCGAGGAGUGCUCGGCGCGCGGCGUUCAAGAAUCUUUGAUAAGGUCCAUUACUCAACAUAAAUUCAUAUAGAAAUGUGCCGUAUGAUAUGUAGUUCGCAUAUCUUUCAUCGCGCAUAUCUUUGAUACACCUGUUGCACACGAUUCAUGGAUCUGUCAGAGAAUAACCCUUAAAUGAUAGCGUGAAAUAUACGACCACGUUACUUGGUCGCACGACGCAUCAAAGCUGUACCUGCCGCUCUCUCAUAUUUAUAUGACGGUACUUGAAGGUAUUAUUGUUGCCGUAACGCAGACAUGUCUCGUGUAAUAUCGCGUUGUGUAUAACAUUGCGUUGAUUCCAUGAAUCAUAACGUUUCAAAAGAUGCUACUUCUGUCGAACUUGUUGCCAUUUUAACGUACGUAAUUUAAAACAGAAAUAUGUCAUUAACAAAGUACGGUAUAAUAACUUUAUUAUUCGAAUAUCGGGUUUCGUUAAAUUUAAGAAAUGGUAAGAGUAUAUUAACGAUGAGGGACAGACUUUUACACGAAGCAUUCGCGGAAUAACUGUGUUUGUUUCGACGUUUCUUAAUCCAUUUUAUAUAAUGCUUUAAUUGUAACAUACAAUAAAUUAUUUACUUAUCAAAAGUAUUUAGAAAGAUUUUUAAGUAUGCAAUCUCAUAAAUACGUUUCUUUACAAAGCUACCGCGCUCCUUACAUUACGUAGAAUACCGCGUCAAUCGUAUUUAAGAUGAACGUCGCAGCUCAGCAGCAUUAUAAAAUAAUUCUUCGCGCAAAAAUGCAGAGUACACUGUAAGUAAUAAAAUAAAAACUCCACGACGUUCUACAUUCUUCUGAAAUAUUUAAGAAACAUUCGAAAGUUCUUCUUGCGAAAUGUGUAACGAAAUAGAAUAAGAUUUGAUCGACUUUACAGAUAGACACUGUACAGAG